AUGACUUUCGACGGCACCUGGAAAAUCGAUCGCAACGACAACUAUGACAAGUUCAUGGAAAAGAUGGGCGUUAACUUGGUGAAGAGGAAGCUGGCCGCUCACGACAACCUCAAGAUCAUCAUCCAACAGACCGGGGACAAGUUAAAUGUCAAGGAGAGCAGCAACUUCCGCAACUUGGAUAUCGACCUCACCCUGGGGGUCACGUUCGAGUACAGUCUUGCAGAUGGAACUGAAGUAUCAGGCUCGUGGACCAUCGAGGGAGACAUGAUGAAGGGGACCUUCACCAGGAAGGACAACGGAAAAGUGCUGACAACGACCAGGAUUAUCCAAGGAGACGAACUCAUACAGAGCUACAGCUACGAAGGUGUUGACGCAAAGAGGAUUUUCAAGAAGGCUUAAAAGAGAAGCG